GCGAUGAUUUAUUUACAGGGUACUUAAGGUCAACACAUACGGAGCCUCAGUACUGUAUAUGCCCACCAAGUGCCUAAACUACGACUUCUCCAUACGUCAAUUCGGGAUCAGAAGAAGCAGCUACCUACAACCCCCACCCCGUAAUAAUUGCUGGUCCUGAUCCCGAUUCAACCCCUCCAGACUCCAAACUCCGAACGGUUUAUUUUCUUCCUGGUCUGGAACAGCUCAAUUGUGUUUCUUCUCCCUCCCAGACUCAGAAACCGCUCACCUUAGCUUCUAUACUCAUCUUUACAACUUUGCAACAUGUCUCUCUCCAACAAAUUAGCUAUUACCGACAUUGAUGUCAAGAACAAGCGUGUCUUGAUCCGAGUCGAUUUCAAUGUUCCACUCGAUUCUGACAAGAAGAUUACGAACAACCAGAGAAUUGUUGGUGCCCUUCCUACCAUCAAAUAUGCCGUCGACCACGGAGCGAAAGCCGUUAUCCUCAUGUCCCACCUUGGCCGUCCCGAUGGAAAGAAGAACCCUAAAUACAGCCUGAAGCCUGUGGUGCCGGAGCUGGAGAAGCUGUUAGGAAAGAGCGUCAUCUUCACCGACGAUUGUGUUGGUCCCGAGGUGGAGGAGACAGUCAACAAAGCCAGCGACGGUCAGGUCAUUCUUCUCGAGAACCUGCGCUUCCACGCCGAGGAGGAGGGCAGCAGCAAGGACGCCGAGGGCAAGAAGGUCAAGGCGGACAAGGCUGAUGUAGAAAAGUUCCGCCAGGGACUGACGGCCUUGGGCGACAUCUACGUCAAUGAUGCCUUUGGUACAGCCCAUCGUGCACACAGCUCCAUGGUCGGUGUCCACCUGCCCCAGAAGGCUUCCGGUUUCUUGAUGAAGAAGGAGCUCGACUACUUCGCCCAAGCGCUGGAAGACCCGAAACGACCCUUCCUUGCCAUUCUCGGUGGUGCAAAAGUUUCGGACAAGAUCCAAUUGAUCGAUAACCUGCUGGACAAGGUCAACAGCUUGAUCAUCUGCGGUGGCAUGGCAUUCACUUUCAAAAAGACUCUCGAGGGCGUCAAGAUUGGCAACAGUUUGUUCGACCAGGCUGGAAGCGAGAAAUGCAGCGGGCUUGUGGAAAAGGCCAAGAAAAACAAUGUCAAGAUCAUCCUACCAGUGGACUACAUCACAGCCGACAAGUUCGACAAGGACGCAGAAACUGGUACGGCCACGGAUGCUGAGGGUGUUCCCGAUGGCUGGAUGGGUCUGGACUGCGGCGAAGAGAGUAUCAAGCUGUACAAGCAAGCCAUUGACGAUGCGAAAACGAUCCUGUGGAACGGACCACCAGGUGUGUUCGAGUUUGAGAAGUUCGCCAACGGCACAAAGAAGACGCUGGACGCAGCCGUGGCAGCCGCUCAGAAUGGCAAGAUUGUAAUCAUUGGUGGAGGUGAUACAGCCACCGUUGCGGCCAAGUAUGGCGUGGAGGAUAAAUUGAGCCAUGUUUCUACCGGUGGUGGCGCCAGUUUGGAACUGCUCGAAGGCAAAGAGCUCCCCGGUGUGACCGCAUUGUCCACCAAGUAGAUCGCGGUCCUUGCAUGAUCACGCCAGCAUGAGCAGACUGGUGGAUGGCUCAGGGGACCUCGAAAGCAGGCCAAGGACUAAAAUCAACACUGGAUGCGUUUGAGGCGCCCUGCCUCCUCUUGUGAUGCAAACGCAGCCGAUAGACUGGAUUAUGCCGUAUUUCUAGCCUGAGAAUCUUUUAUGACCCAAGAACGCCAUGCAGUGUACUGUCUCCUUUCGUCGGACGGGCGCCAGGUUCUCAUGAUUUGGUGGCCUCGACUUUCUUCAGCUCCUCCCUGUACGCA